AUGCAGUUCCAAUCUCUUACUCUCCUCGCCCUGGCGACUUACACUCUUGCAUCGCCAACGCCGAACCCACAAUACAUUGAUCAACCCCCAACCCUCGGCAACCCCCUCGGCAUUCGUGCCAGCGGCUCCUCAAUUCAGAACCUACAGCUCACCGCGUCUGGAGGCCGAAUCUUUAUCGGUGGCUCUCAGGACCCUGUCUGUGACGGCGGACAAAGACAGGACUUUGCGACUUUCGUUACAUACUCGGACAAAUCUCUUUACCUCUACAAGCUUGGGAACCCACCCCAGCAGGUCUGGGUUGAUGCUUCCGGAAUGGGAGGUGGAAUCACCGGCUUCGUGACAGGCGAUGCCACCGCACCUAAGAACGCUUCUCGCGAGGGUUUCGCAGUCGAUGCGGAUGGUUUCCUGACAUUCAAUGGAGUGGGAGCCAAGGCAUGCCCGACCAAUGAGGAUGGCAAGUGGAGUGWAUGGUUCACCGAGAGUGAAAAGCCUGGCUUCCAGGAUGGAUGCGUAUCGGUCUCUCUGAAGGCAUACGACACUCCCGCAAGAAUCGCUUGUACUUAUUCCGAUGCGUGA